AGAAUUGCUGACUUCACUAAAAUAAUUUAUAGUUGUUGUUUUAAUUAAUUAAUACCCAGUAGUCUGAGUUGUUGUUUUGUCAUUUAAGAGAGUACUAUGGCUGCUACUCUAGCAGAGGUGCCUCCAGAUAAAUUGGCAGAGCUUGCCUCCUACUUGGAAGAGUUCUGCCCUCCCUCUAAAGCCAGCUGUGAAGAUGGUGAAGAUGACUCUGAGCAAUACUGGUACCUACUGGCAGUCACUCUGAGAGCUCUGAAGAACGUGGGCCAAGCAAUUAAAUACGAUGAACACAAACUGGCUCAAAUAGAAGGCAAAAAGGAUUCUGCUAGCCUCUUCCUCAAUUUGUUAGUCCGAAACAAGCUCAACUUGGAAGUAUUCAUCUCAUGCUUGAAGGAGAUUAACUGUCGCAAAGCUUUCAAUAUGUUUACAAGAGCGAGUGUUCCGAUAAUCAAGAGUCAGAGUGUGGUUGAAAAGAUCACAGUGGCGUAUGGGGGCACCAUCACAGUCAGCGUUAGUGCUGAGUGUCAACCAGGCCCGCCUCUCUACCAGUGGUUCAAGGACCAGAAGAAUAUCCUCCCCGGUCAAAUGACCAAGACACUUCUUCUGCACAAUGCCAGCACCAACGACACUGGCCACUACCACUGCCGGGUAACCAACCCAUCUCUUAAUGACUCUAAAAAGAACUUUGCAUUCUCUGAGUAUGUGCAUGUGACUGUCUCUCUCCCAACGGUAGUCAACAACAACCCAACCGUUCGACAAGAGAUGGGCAGCAAUACCCCCACAUCGUCACAAUCUCCACGCAUCACCCUACACCCCUCCUCUGUCAAAGCGGUUCACGGAGAUCAAGUAAAGCUCGAGUGUCGAGCUGAAAGAGCCAUCUGUUACGACUGGUACAGGAAUGGCAAAAUCAUUCAGAGCGGGCAAGGCCAGUUUGUAAUUGCGACAUUUUCAGCAGCUGAUGUUGGAACGUAUUACUGUAAGGUCGUCAACGAUCAUGGCAGAGUGCAAUCAAGAACUGUCAAAGUUGAAUUAGAUAGCAGUUUGGCUCUUCCUCAAGAAGCUCGAAUUCGGAGUGAGCCCAUUGUGUUUGAGGAGCAGCCCCCCAAGAGUCUGGAUGUCCACGUGGGGGAGGAUGUUGUCCUCACCUGUCGAGCCAGGAGUCAGAGUGGGAAAGUGACUUAUGAGUGGGUGCAGGUCAACCAAUCAGGGAAGGAGGAAAUUAAGGAAAAUGAUCAAAGUCCCAUUUACCAGGCCAAGACUGGCGACAUUGAGAGGCGUCUGAAACUGACCAUGUACUGUAGAGUCUCUCUGGUAAACGAUCCUCAGGUUGUAGCUCAGUCCAGAGCCACCAAAGUCACCAUCGACACAGUGUGGUUCACAAAGCAGCCGCAGUCUAUUGAGAGAGCAUUGAUUGGGGACAAAGCCACUCUGAGAGUCUCUGCUGAAGGAGUGGGGGACAUUUCGUACAUCUGGUUUAGAUCCUCCACCAAGGAUGGAAACUUUCAGCCCAUAAGGAAUCAACAGUCGAACAACCAUGAAGUCUUGUAUUUCAAUCGGCUACGCCAGAAUGACUGGGGCUAUUACUUUUGUCAGGCAGAGAAUAGGUCACACUUUGUUCAAUCUAAGACUGUGUGUGUUAGACCCACCAUCCCAUCAAUGAAAAGGUCCAACUCAUUUAAGCUUCCUCUGAUUCGGAUCAAGAAGAACCCGUGGUCUCAGAUUGUUCCUGAGGGCGGGAAGUUUAAACUGAUGUGUGAGGCUGUGUGCACUGAGAAUGUGCCCCUCGGCUAUCAGUGGUACUACUGUGGCAAAACAAUACAUGGAGCCACGGACUUUACCUACAUCAGAGAAACCACUCAAGAGGAUGACUGUGGGCCGUACUACUGUGAGGUGACGUGUGCCAACAAUCCAGGGGUUAUGCCAGUGGUUUCAAGGACAGCUCGCAUUGAGUUGGCCGCAGACAAUGGACUCUCUGAGGCCGUGGAAGUGGGGAAAGUUCUUGCCUCAAGGCUGCAGCUAAAAGGAGAAGAAGUGUUUCGCACCAAGAAAGAGGAGCGAUAUGCUCGAGAAAAAGUGGCUCUACUGAUUGGCAACCAGAACUAUCAGUGUGAUGAUCUGAACAACCUACGGAGUCCUGAGCACGACAUCAGACAUCUGCGGGCUCUACUUGAGGAUGAGCUCGGCUUUAAAGUUAUCUCUCUCCUUGAUCUCACCCAUGCUGAGAUGAUGCGGGCCUUAGAGUUCUUCUAUGAAAUGCUAGCCAUACCUGGAGUCUAUGCUUUGUUCUAUUACUCAGGGCAUGGUUUUAUAACCACAGCUCAGAAAAAUUUCCUCAUUCCAGUCAAUGCCACCCUCCCUCUGAGGUGUGACACCAACAUCAAUGCAGACAUCAUCUGUAAGCAGAUGAGGAAAAAGUUGUCCAGAGCUGUGGUGGUACUUGACUCUUGUAGAGUGGAAACACGGAUUGAGGAGAGCCUGUCCAGUCUUAAUUUAGACUCUAUACCUGAUUCUGAGGCUGAAGACGAUCAUAUUAACAUGGCCAACUUUGUGCAAAUUUCGUCAUGUCAAGAAGGCAACCGUGCCUAUGAAGGGAAUGAAACAGAGCUGAGCCCUGCUGCCACACCUACUGUCAACUCGAAGUCCCUUUCACUUGGCAGCCGAGAGCGAUUCCCCUGUUCCAACUUCAACAUUGCAUUCAGAGAAGCCCUAAGAGACAAGAAGGAGCUUCAUGAUGUAUUCAUUCACGUCAUGAAAACACUACGUGACCUAGAGAGGAGGCAGAAGAACAGUCGUGCUGGAAUGACACCAACCCUCACUGAGAGUUUGAUGGACAAUAAGAUUACCCUACAUGACGAAGUGUUUAUGGACAACAGUGAUGAUGAGCCCAAAUUGGAGAAGAUUCUGAAACUACAUGAGGAAGUGCACUAUGUCCCAGACUCGGUGGUGAUGGAGGAACUCGGGGAGUUAAGUGGUCUGGCUAAGUUGGAGCUCUCCUUCUCCUACGACUUCACCAACGUCCUCUGUGUUUACACCCGACUCCACCUCCUCCAUGGUGACAAGACCACCAAGGCUUGUAUGGAGUACGACAUCAGCUUCUUGGAAGGUCAAGGAGUGGUUGGUUAUCAGACAGAGUGCAGCUUUGACUCCCCCCUUGAUGACAGUGAUGUGGGUGGUCAGGGGGAGAGCCCACAACUCGUCUCCACGAUGAUACGCAUCUCCAACAUUCAGAGAUUAGGUUCAGAGGUGUUGAAGCUUUUCAUGACUCUGUCUGUCUACACGGAGGGCAAAGAGAUUAGUGCUCGAGUGAUGUAUGAGUUUCCCAAGAAGCCACUCUUUGCAAAUCUUCCUUGAAAACGUCAUGGACUGUGUCAUAAUUGCCUUUUGUAACUUGACUCAUUUUGUUUUGAACUUCAACUACUUUUAAUUAUUACUGUGAAAUCGAAAUCGAAGAACGUGUUAUGUUUCACUUUACAAAAUAUAUAACUAAUUGAUCAUGAGUUACAAUACAA